UUUUCACUUUACAGAAUCACUAUUCCGUACCUAUCCCACGACAUUCAAUACAUUAAUCUAAACUCCCCCAUUUUUACCGUAAUAAAUUCAUUAUUCACUAUGCGAUGAUUUUAUAAGGCAAUGGGGACGGAAUAGGCGGCGUAUGUGAAGUACUAGUUUGGACGGAGGACGGAGACUCUACGCGAAGUGCACGGCCAUUUUAGUGCGCUUGUGUUGACGCUGGGAGGAGGCAGUGACAGAAAAGACUAGAAGAUGGCUCCCCGAGGUAAAAAGAAAGAGGCGUCCUCCCCUCGGAAACAGCUGAACAUCAAGGGAUUCUUCAAGGCCUCAAUGAAGCGGGAAAGAGACCAGGAGGAGAGUCCAAGCAAAGCAGAAAAGGCCGUAGAAUCCCCCAAAAAGAGAUCGAGACAGUCCAAACAAAGUACAAACAACAACAAUAAUAAUGCGGAAAAGGAUAUUCCUGCCAACAACAAUAAUAACAAUAACAAACAUAAUAAUAAAAGAAGCAACACCAGAAAAGAAAGGCAAAGGCUCUGCCGCCCAAGAGAAGCCGGCCGCCUCAAAGAGGAAGCAGAAGCAGAAGCAGGAGCAGCCGCCGCCGGUAGAUGUAGAGGAAGAGGAAUCAGAUCCACUAUACAUCGCAGACGUGGAUGACCUGACAGGGUCCGACAAAGAGGACGACCCAGAUCCCGUGCUCAGCAUUGCCGACUCACCAAGCAAAGAGACCUUCAUUCUGACGCCUCAGAGCCCUGUGCAGAAGGUAGGGCCCCAAAAGAUGUAUUUUGAAUGUUCAGUUAAUUUAUUCACUUCUGUUCACUCUUAUAGUAGGCCUAAUCUCUUGUGGACAAUGGCCCUUGUAUGGCAUUGUUGCAGAAGCAUGACCCUUGCUGUAGCUUGACCCUCUAAGCUUCAU